CUCGGCCCGAGGUCACGUGCACACAGGCUCCGCCCCUCGCUCCCCCUCCCGCUGCGGUUCCUGCAGAUCGGGCUGCGGCGACACUGGAGACCCCGAUCUCCGGCGACCGGCAUGCCCUCCUCUGUGAAGGCGCUGGGUCAGGCCAGGCCCUCGGGUGCAGGGAUGGCCCCACAGGCCUGCUGCUGCUCCCCUGCGGCCGUGCAGAGGAGGCUGCCCAUCCUGGCCUGGCUGCCGGACUACUCCAUGCAGUGGCUGAAGAUGGACUUCAUCGCCGGGCUCUCGGUCGGGCUCACGGUCAUUCCCCAGGCGCUGGCCUACGCUGAAGUGGCUGGACUCCCGCCUCAGUACGGCCUCUACUCUGCCUUCAUGGGGUGCUUCGUGUAUUUCUUCCUGGGCACCUCCAAGGAUGUGACUCUGGGCCCCACAGCCAUCCUGUCCCUCCUGGUCUCCUUCUACACCUUCCAUGAGCCCGCCUAUGCCGUGCUGCUGGCCUUCCUAUCGGGCUGCAUCCAGUUGGCCAUGGGGUUCUUGCGCUUGGGGUUCCUGCUGGACUUCAUCUCCUGCCCCGUCAUUAAAGGUUUCACAUCUGCUGCUGCCGUCACCAUCGGAUUCGGGCAGAUCAAGAAUCUCCUGGGACUGCAAAACAUCCCUCGGCAGUUUUUCCUGCAAGUCUAUCACACCUUCCGCAACAUCGGAGAGACCAGGGUGGGCGAUGCAGUGCUGGGGCUGGUCUGCGUGGUGCUGCUGCUGGUGCUGAAGCUGAUGCGGGACCACGUGCCUCCUGUGCAUCCCGAGAUGCCCCCCGGCGUGCGGCUCAGCCACGGGCUGGUUUGGACUGCCACCACAGCUCGCAAUGCCCUGGUGGUCUCCUUUGCUGCCCUGGUUGCGUACUCUUUCGAGGUGACCGGAUACCAGCCCUUCGUUCUAACUGGGGAGAUAGCCGAGGGGCUCCCUCCAGUCCGGACCCCUCCCUUCUCAGUGACCACCGCCAACGGGACAGUCUCCUUCACCGAGAUGGUACAGGACAUGGGGGCAGGGCUGGCCGUGGUGCCCCUGAUGGGUCUCCUGGAGAGCAUCGCAGUGGCCAAGUCCUUCGCUUCUCAAAAUAAUUACCGCAUUGAUGCCAACCAGGAGCUGCUGGCCAUCGGCCUCACCAACAUGCUGGGCUCCCUGGUCUCUUCCUACCCGGUCACAGGCAGCUUUGGACGGACGGCCGUGAACGCCCAGUCGGGAGUGUGCACCCCAGCAGGGGGCCUGGUGACAGGAGUCCUGGUGCUGCUGUCGCUGGACUACCUGACCUCACUCUUCUACUAUAUCCCCAAGUCCGCCCUGGCCGCUGUCAUCAUCAUGGCCGUGGCCCCCCUGUUCGACACCAAGAUCAUCGGGACUCUCUGGCGCGUGAAGAGGCUGGACUUGCUGCCCCUCUGCGUGACGUUCCUGCUCUGCUUCUGGGAGGUCCAGUACGGCAUCCUGGCAGGGACCCUGGUGUCCGUGCUGAUUCUCCUGCACUCCGUGGCCAGACCCAAGAUGCAGAUGUCCGAGGGGCCAGUGCUUGUCCUGCAGCCGGCCAGUGGCCUGCACUUCCCUGCGGUCGAGGCCCUCCGGGAGGCAAUACUGAGCCGGGCCCUGGAAGCAUCGCCCCCUCGCUGCGCGGUCCUGGAGUGCACGCACAUCUGCAGCAUCGACUAUACCGUGGUGCUGGGGCUCGGGGAGCUGCUGGAGGACUUCCACAAGCAGGGCGUCACCCUCGCCUUCGUCGGCCUGCAGGUCCCCGUUCUCCGUGUCCUGCUGUCCGCUGACCUGAAGGGCGUCCAGUAUUUCUCCACCCUGGAGGAAGCAGAGAAACACUUGAAGCAAGAACCAGGGUCCCAGCCGUACAACAUCAGCGAGGAUUCUGUCCCGGAACACAAGGUCGCCCUGUUGAAGGCCUAACUGGGCCACCCAUGGGCAUGUGAUGUUUGGAGAGUCUCGCAGAAGGUUCCUGUCACUGCGAUGCCAGGUGCCGCCUCCUAAACGCGCUGGCCUGAGGGGUUGAGAAAGCCUGAGCAGGUGACGUGGGGGAGGAAGAAGGCAGCCGCGCCUGGAGAGCCGCAGGUGGGACUCACUGGCCUCGUUUGCGAUGACUGCGAAAUUACCUGCCUUCUCUUCCUGGGCAUGAACCCUUUCUGCAAGAGUGGUUUAGGAGAGAACCUUCUAGAAUGACAGACCCCGUGAGAGAGGAAGGAGCAGGGACUUCAACCUCGUCUAGGAGAGCAGUCCUUGAGCCCUUGCCCCUUCCUGGAUUUCAGAGGAAGCGGGGGGCACUGUGGGCAUCUCAGAGAUGGGUUCCAACCUCGAUGGCGGCGUCUGUGCUGUUGAUGCGAAGAAAACCAAGGUGUGCCAAACGACUUAAAGUGUCUGUUAAAAAUAAUUUUGUUGUUUGUGUUUUCUAAAUUAAAAAAGUAAUAGCUUUGGUGAUUUUGUAAAAAUCGUAAAUGCUUAACGUAAAAACUGCAGGAAACCACCCCCCGCCGCCAGUCCACUUUGGUGUUAGUUCCAAACCCCCUCCCUCCGGCACUCGGACGUGUCCGCAUGGGGGUGUGUGUUCACAGUCUGAUGUGAGUGGCUCAUUUCAUACGUGGUGCUCUGUAAUCCACAUUUUCAAGUGGUCAUUGCUGUGAAUUACUUAUUGUGAUAAUAAAUAGACAAUACGUGACUUUUAA